CCAAAAUUGGGCUUUUCCUCUUUCGUUGUCAACCAGCGGCACGAGUGCUAUUGCUCGCUCGAUCAUACAUUUUUCAAUCUAUAAAGACGUGAGCCUUCACAAGGUUUUUCCUUUUGUGUUAUUGCUGCAUUUGGAAUUCCAAUUACGUCUCCGAGGCCAAUAAUCUUCGACGCCAAGGGUAGUAACCAGUGGUGGACACAAUAACACCCCGUUCCCGCGAUGGCCACGCGAGGAAGAGCGGCCACCCCUUAGUGACCACCGUCGUCGCGCAUGAUGGUCACCUUCUAAGUUCUAAUAAAGCACGCCAAAGACAUCACGACACCCAGCUUAACAUCAUACAGUCGUAUUGGCCGGAUUACGUAAUUAUAUAGACACCUAGAAUCAUAGUUAACAAAAAGUAGCUCACUUGUACGCCUUAGUUGUUUAUUAUUGUUAAUCUUAUAAUUAAAUAUUAUUAAAUUUAACUACAUGUUAUGGCCAGUGAGUAACAUUGCUCGUCGUUGAUCCACGGCAUUUGGCCGACCCCUUUUUUUUAUUUUCUUUAAAGCGAGGCCACUGGGCACUCGCUACAAAUGGUAGCAGAGCGUAACGUAAAUUUUAUUGUUGUAAUCUUUAUCAAAAUUGUUGGUGUAUUGUGAGCUACGAUUAUUUUUAUGUGUUGUUUAUGCAAUAACCUUGUGAUAAUUUAUCGAUUUUAUUUGUCGCGCUUGUACCGAUCGAUCAUAUUUAUGCAGCAUGUGCGGUUGAUAGUCAAUUAGAUAUUUUACUCGUAUAGGUAUUUUCCGCGUUUUAAGGUUUCUUUCAUACUGACAGUUAUUAUUUUACAUAACUUCUUUGAUGCCACCUCCUAUUACGCGUAGCACCGCAAAAGGUGUCACCUCAGUUUCGAAAUUUUCCACACCUGCGGUAGCCAACCCUAAACAACUGUUACAAUUCCCAAAAGGUAGUCGGGUUGCUAGCAUGACUGAGCAGGAACUCCUAACUGCCUUUCAACGCCUUAAAGAGGUUCCAGAUGAGUCUCCGCAGGCAAGUACUGCCAGUACUGUCAAUUCUUCGGUACAUUCGCAACGUGUACUCACCGCCCCUACUUUGAAAACGAAAUCUAAGAAAUUACUAUCUCCUAAACCUAAACCAACUUUGCCUAAUUCAUCAUUAAUUGUAAAUUCACUUGCACAAGAUAUUCAAACUACCAAUCAAAACUGCUCCGAAAUUUUGAAAGUCGCAAUUGAGGCAGCAGACAAUAUCACCUCGUACCAUAAGAUUAAGUUCAAAGUUGACUCGAAUAAAUUAAUAUCGAAUGUUCCUACAUGUAGCCAUAACAAUCCCCAGGCUAUUGUGCUUUUUAUCGAGGCAGUAGACAAGAUUUUCAAGCUCCCAAACGUCGAUAGUUUAAGUCUUCUGAUCGCGUUAUCGAUUAAAGUGGACGAUCACAUUACAGAAUGGUGGUCUACUAUGAUGAGUAAACCGUGGACUGAGGUGAGGGGAGCUCUUUUCUCUAAAUACAUAAAUAAUUCAGAUAUAAUCCUAAUGUGCGAUAAAUUUAUUAACCGUUUGCAAAGGGAGGACGAGUCAUUUGAAUCCUUCGUUUUGGAUAUUAAGUCAAAAUUUUGUGCAUUAAACCUUACGUAUCCCGAAUCGCACCUAAUUUCAAUAAUUUGGGCACAUUGUAGCAAAAAAACCUUUGAUGUAAUCAAACAUUUUUACGAACCUUCCACGUUUAGUGAAUUGGAUACAAUAAUUUACAAAAUUGAAUCAAUCGCCAGGAGAGAGGAAAAUUUUAAGCACCCUAAUUCUUUUGAUAUCGUACCCACCAUUAGUCCUCCUGUAAACUUUCAAUCUCGACCACCGCCGCCGGAGCAAAAGCGUGCACAAUUUUGUAGAUACUGUCGGAAUUACGGUCAUUUAUUAAAUGAAUGUCGCAAACUCAGUAAUAAAAAUGAUAGCUAUCCAAAAAACUAGUUUGCCUUUUUAGCCUCA